UACUGGAGGAGCUGGGCACGCAGCUCGACGCCGGUAAUCCAAACCCGACGGUUUGGGAGGAGAUCUGCAACAUCACAGAUCUCAAUCUGCGCACCUCACGUGGCGCGGUGCAAAGCUGCGGCUCUCUCCGUCGCGGGCGAGAGAUCGCUGUGGUUAAAUCUAUCGAGUAUCGGGGACAGGGAGAAAUUGGAUUUUCUCGACGCUCCUGUAGACUCGAGUGGGCUGUUCGGCCCGGCUGUCGCGGCGAUGAGACAGAGGUGCGAUCUCCAGAAGAAGGAAGGGAAGCGUUUGACAUCUGACUGCUGCGUAAAAGAGCUUCCCGCCCUCCUGUUCCCCCUCGGCCUGUUCCUCCGACGCAGAACAGGAGGUUUUUGAAUGCGUCCAGAACUGCGAAAACCCCGAGCACAGAGCAGUCGGCACGCGCCCCCGCUGCUCCAAACGUCAAGCCAUGGGGAAAGCAGUCAUUCGCGGCAGCGGCUGCAAAGUCCAAGUCCGUUAACCCUUCCAGCAAAAAGAGGAGGGAUACCUAGGACGCAAUCUCCGCAGGGGAGGGACGGGCAGCACCUAGGGUUUUCUGCGAUGUCCUCUCCCGAGUCCACCACGUCGGUUCCCCCACCCGCGAAGAAGCGGAGGAUGUGGAGUUUGGGCGGAGAAACGGUUCUAAGUUGUGUUCGGGCCAGUUCAGCUUCCCCUCAACACACAAAGUUUCGUGGAUUGCUGACAGCGAUCCCGCAAGUUCAAGUGCGGAGAACGCGGCCACAGAGGUUAUGUGGUCAGCUGAGUUCAGGCACAAGUUCUCGAGUGAAUUGUCACAAAUCACUUCAGCCCCUGGAGUUCACAGCAAAUAAAAAAUUCUCUGUCGCAUCCAGGCUCAAUGCCGAGGGCGCAGGGAAACAAAAACAUAAUAUCAAUGAACCAAGAGAUAAUUCGGUCUUUGGGCCAAACGGAUCCUGGCCGUUUUUCUCUCUGUCCACUAGAUGGCACCAGCGCUCCAUCUAUGGAAUCGGUUCAUCUGAACCCGCUGGCUCUUCAUCAGGAGGCAUGGAGAGAGUGUUCUCCGCACCCGUGGGUCCUCGCGACUGUAACCAGGGGUUACAGGCUUCAGUUCGCUGUAAAACCCCCUCCCUUCAACGGGGUUAUAGCAUCUGUAGCAAACGGGGAUUCAGCUCGGGUGUUAGAAGCGGAAAUAUCCUCCCUCCUAGAGAAAAGAGCUAUAAGACGAGUUCCAGUGGGGGAAACUCAGAGGGGCUAUUACUCCCGUUAUUUUCUGAUUCCAAAGAAAGAUGGGGGUUUGCGCCCGAUACUGGACCUGCGUGCUCUAAACAAGCACUUAAGGAAGUACAAAUUCAAGAUGCUCACAGUCGGGGCUCUCACUCGUUCAGUCCGCUGGGGAGAUUGGUUUGCCACGGUCGAUCUCAAGGAUGCUUACUUUCAUAUAAGCGUCUAUCCGGCGCACAGGAAAUAUCUCAGGUUUUCCUUUCAGAACGAAGUGUACGAAUUUGUUACUCUCCCGUUCGGGCUCAGCCUCGCUCCACGUGCGUUCAGCAGAUGCAUAGAAGCAGCAUUAUCUCCCCUGAGACACAAGGGUCUCAGAAUAUCUGCUUAUUUGGACGAUUAUCUGAUUUGCGCUCAUUCGCGGGAGCGCGCGGAGCGAGACAUAGAGAUGCUCACGUCUCAUCUCACGAAUCUGGGGUUCAGGAUCAACUAUGCCAAAAGCCAGCUGAUCCCGUCCCAGGAGAUAGAGUAUCUAGGCUUGCGAAUAGACUCGGUGGAAUAUCGCGCUAUGCUCUCGGAAAGGAGGAUAAUGGCGUUUUAUCAGUGCCUAGCCCGGUUUCGCGUGGGAAACAUGGUCUCGUUCAGGACCUGUCUCCGCCUUCUGGGCAUGAUGGCUUCGUCACUGUCUGUGGUCCCGCUGGGCUUGCUGAAAAUGAGGAGCUUCCAGCAUUGGGUUGCGGCGAGGCAUCUGUGCCCACGACGGCACCUCGCACGCAAAGUGAGAAUUACCACGGCGUGCGUGAUGGCUCUUCAUCAGUGGAGAAACCCCUGUGUAUUCCGGACAGGAGUCCUGUUGGGGAGCGUGUCUCUGAGAAAAGUAGUGACAACGGACGCAUCCCUGACGGGAUGGGGAGCUGUUUUUCAGGGCAGAUCGAUAAACGGUCGUUGGACGCCUCAGUUUCGCAGACUUCACAUAAACAUGCUGGAGUUAAUGGCAGUCUUUCUAGCUCUGAAACAUUUUCGCCCAUUCUUGGAGGGUUUUCAUGUUCUAGUCAGGACAGACAACACGACGGUGGUGGCAUAUAUCAAUCGCCAAGGGGGAACGCGUUCGUUGCAACUGCACAAUCUAGCGCGCAAGCUGAUUGUCUGGAGCGCCGCGCAUUUCAGUUCGCUGCGCGCAACGCACGUCCCGGGAGUCCUGAACGUUGGAGCAGAUCUCCUGUCGAGGGGCAACCCGUUAUACGGAGAAUGGGUACUCCACCCGCAGGUGGUGAAUCAGAUCUGGGAAAUUUACGGCAAGGCUGCCGUAGAUCUAUUCGCCUCGCGAGCAAACGCAAAAUGUCCGCUGUAUUUCUCUCUCAGAGACGAAAAUGCACCCUUGGGUGUGGAUGCGCUGGCACACCCGUGGCCGAACGUGUUGCUAUACGCAUUCCCACCACUGAGUCUAAUUUCUCCCACCCUAGACAGAGUAAGAGAAAACGGAUUAUCUCUCCUUCUGAUAGCCCCUCAUUGGCCAGGGAGGCUGUGGCUGGCAGAGAUUGUCCAGCUCCUUUGGGGAGAGCCCUGGCAACUCCCAUUGCGUCGGGACCUGCUGUCCCAAGCAGGGGGGCAAAUUUUUCACCCCCAUCCGGAACGAAUCAAUCUUUGGGUCUGGCCCGUGAAGGGUUGAAUCUAAAUGCACUUGGGCUUCCCCAGGAGGUCAUAAAUACUAUACAGAGUGCUAGAGCUCCAUCAACACGCUCGCUGUAUGAUCUGAAAUGGCAGGUCUUUGAGGACUGGUGCACUCAUAAAGGAGUUAUUCCUUUUCAGUGUGCUGUGAGUGAGGUUCUCUGUUUUUUGCAAAGCUUGGUGAACAAUGGGAGAGCGUUCUCUACCAUUAAAGUUUACCUGGCUGCAAUUUCGGCCUGUCAUGUGGGCUUCGAAGGAGUUUCAGUGGGCCGGCACCCUCUUAUAGGCCGUUUUAUGAAAGGGGUGAGGCGUUUGAGACCAGUGACGAAGCGACUGGUCCCGUCAUGGGAUUUGUCUAUGGUCUUGAAUGCUUUAACUCAAGCCCCGUUUGAACCUCUGGAGAGUGUUCAUAUUAAGCUCCUAUCGUUGAAAACGGUCUUACUACUUGCUUUAGCUUCAGCUAAGCGAGUGGGGGAGUUACAUGCCUUGUCGGUUCAUCAAGCAUGUCUAAAUUUUAGUCCGGAUGACAGCAAAGUUAUGCUGCUGCCAAACCCAGCUUUCGUUCCCAAAGUCAGUGAUUCAGCUUAUAACUGCUCUGCUUUGGAGUUACGUGCUUUCUACCCUCCUCCAUUUUCUUCUUCAGAGGAGAGGAAAUUGCACACUUUGUGUCCUGUACGAGCGUUACGCUUUUAUGUAAACAAGACACGAUCGUUCAGGAAAAACAAUCAAUUAUUUGUUUCAUGGGCCACUCAUUGUAAGGGUAAGCCGAUCUCCUCUCAGCGCCUCUCCCAUUGGAUGGUGGAGGCGAUCGAACUAGCCUAUACAUCUAUGGGUCUUCAGUCCCCAGAGGGCCUUAGGGCCCAUUCCAUGCGAGGAAUUUCUACCUCAUGGGCCCUGUUCAAGGGGAUUUCGGUGGGAGAUAUUUGUGCGGCGGCAAGUUGGACUUCCCCCCAUACAUUUAUCAGAUUUUAUCGCCUUGAUGUCACUGCGCCUUCAUUGGCUCAUGCAGUUCUUAGAGUUGGCUCUUUGGAGAACUAAAGUCUUGUCCUCCGUUUUCGAGUCUAUUCAGGCGGCUUCGGAAAGCAUGCGUUACGGGAGUUGGCUAUAUCAUUCCCAUAGUGAGAUACCGAGCGAUUGUUUGAAAGAGAACGUUAGGUUACUUGCGUAACCCCGGUUCUCUGAGAACAGAGCGAGGUAUCUCACCAGGCUUCCCUUCUCGCAUAACACGGGGGAAGAGCGUGCUUAGAAUGCCGUUUUUGGGGAUCACAGCUGUAUAUAUAGGGAGAGGGGUGGGCUCCUUGUACAAGCUGUGAUUGGUC